AUGUACGUUCCAAAUUCGCUCUGGACGUGGUCCUUUGCCAUCGUCACGCUUGUUCAGACUAUCAUCACCUUGGCUCUCGAGUGUUAUGUCUUCGCCAAUUUUCAGCUCCAACUCAAACCAGAAGCCGACGGUGUCACCGCAUCUAAAGCUAUUCCGACGUUCUUGGCCCUGUAUUGCUUCGGUUUCAUCUACGAGCUGGUUCUCGUGUACGAUGCGCUGCGCAUGAAGAAUACUAUUCAAAUCAUCGGGUUAUGCGUCUGUAAUAUUGGUCUCCUGAUCUAUGGCGCUGUGCAAGUCCAACAGAUCAAAGAAGCGGUUAACAAUGUCCUCGUCGUCAACCAAGUCAUCAGCCCACUGGUAUGGCCGGAAACAGAACCGUUCCUCAUCAUUAUCCCAUGUGUCGUGGCCAUGGGGACUGGUUUGAUGCUCAUCGUUGCGUGGAAACUGUACGAUGAGUUCGCGUGGUCCAUCUACAAGCAUAUCAGCGCUGACCUGCGGAUGAAGCGUCGGUAUCUCACAUACCAGAUCUACAUCGCAUUGCUCAAAUUUGACUUUUUCUUCUUCCUCGGUUUUACAGUCCAAUUCAUGGUCAUCGUGACAGGCAGGCAGGAUUCCGAGUUUGCCCUCACGCUGGCAGCUAUUCCUGUGACAAUCUUGAUUCUGGUGUGUGCGGCGGUCUUUGUUCGACGAGAGAGUACUGUGGGAAUGAUUAUCACCAUUCUCCUCUACUUCGCUGCCAUGGCGUAUUUCCUAUUCAAGCUCGUCCGAAUGUACCAGCCCUCCUUCUUCAAGGAAUACCUCCCCGCUCGGCGAUCCCUCACGUUCUUCGCCAUCAUCACCCUCGUUCUGAUUGUUUUGACCAUCAUCAACGCUUGCUUGUGCACGGCCAACUUCAACAAAGGCUUGAAGCCUCACAUCAACCGAAAGAAGACUCGCGAAGAAGAGAAAACGACCGAGUUGUCCACCAAUGUCGCCGGUCAAAUGCCUACGCGAAUGAUGAUUGAUUAA